CGCUGCCAGCCUGAGAGCAUCCUUUUCUUUGCUUUCUUAUCAUCCUCACCAAAACACAGCGGGAUGACGGAAAACCAUGAGGAUAUCGUCUCUCUACUCACCGGUCUGCGGUAGAAUAUCGUUACGGGUUACGUUAGCCGCUUGGCUAGCGUAAUGCUACACAACAUGAGGCUGUUCUCCUGAUGAAGAGCACACAAAAAAACCUGUCUGUGGAAACGGAAAGAAUAUAGUUAUUCCUAGCAGGGCGAGCUGGGCUGACCCUCUCGCUUUUAGCAGUGGUGCUCCAGUGAAGAUGAUGCUCAGAUAGAAGUGCUCGCCUGACAACAUCAAGGUGCCUGGGACUGGUUUAAGCCAACCAACUCUGCAAGUCUGACCGGCCUGAUGCCACAAGAAGCGGACAUCUUGACUGAAAUGUCAGCUGACCCUUUACUCUACACUGAUGAAUGUUUGUUGGCAGCUUUAGUUGUGCUCUAUCACUAAUUAAUUGGAGGUUUUAAGUGUUAGUCGUUGGACAUUUUGGACUGGUUUUUAACCUAUCGAUACCACAUGGCUGCGGCAGCACCUUGACUCUGGAAUAGUGACCAACUCAUAUCAUCACAUUCCUAUAUCAGCAGAAAUCGGUGCCUUAGAUUGCUCUAAACUUAUCAUUAGUACUUAUUUGCUAUGUCUAAAGUUAAGUACAUUAAUGAAUAAGCAAUAAUCAAGGUUCAUCUCAUCCCGGGACAUUUUAGUGCUUUUGUCAUGCAGGGAAUCUGUGGAUGCACAAGAUACAAGCUGGCAACUCAGACUUUAGGCGUAGCGGACUGUGUAGCAUGCCUGUCCUGCUCAUUAAUGACCCCAUGACCUCUGCAGAAGUCAGAUAGUCGGUGUGAGCUAACCACAUGUCCUUCUCAGAGAUCUAAUAGCCGCUGUAUUACCCACAUGGCCAUCCAGAUGAGCGCAUGCCUGUAGCCGCGCCAGCGUUGUCGUGGCUGGCCGUCGCCGGACGGUCAUCUUCCUCGGCCAUGACCCGGCUGAUGUUGGGCCGGACUCUGGAGCGCAUCUGUAAAGGUGUCCUGCUGCUCUGCCUGCUCCACUUCCUCAUCAUGAUGAUCCUGUACUUUGAUGUCUACUCGCAGCGCUUUGACCUCUUCAGCCGCUUUAACAACGGCCGCAAUGGAUCCAGGAAUAAUGUCAGCGGAGCAGCAGGGAAUGGACAUCAUUAUUACUAUUACAAUCUUUCCAGGCCCAACGCAACGUUAGCAAGCUAUCUGGCCACAGGAGAGCAGCUGAUGCCAAGUGUGCAGCCCGAGACCAACCAGACACCUUCUCCCAAACCGCUGCCGCCGUGCCCUGAGAACCCACCCGGCCUUGUUGGGCGUUUGUUGAUCGAGUUCAGCUCCCAGAUGACGAUGGAACGAGUGCAGAAAGAAAACCCCAACGUGACGGAGGGCGGCCGCUACACGCCUCCUGACUGUCGGCCUAGAUGGAAGGUGGCCAUCAUCAUCCCGUUCCGUCACAGAGAAAACCACCUAAAGUACUGGCUCCACUACCUCCACCCUAUCCUCAGACGGCAGAGGAUUGACUAUGGCAUCUACAUCAUCAACCAGUUGGGUGAGGACACCUUCAACCGUGCCAAGUUGUUAAAUGUUGGCUACACAGAGGCUUUGAAGGACGCAGAGUACGACUGCUUCAUCUUUAGUGACGUGGACCUGAUCCCAAUGGACGACCGCAACCUGUACCACUGCUACGACCAACCGAGACACUUCGCCAUCGCCAUGGACAAGUUUGGUUUCAGGCUGCCCUACGCAGGCUACUUUGGAGGAGUUUCAGGCCUCAGUAAAAAACAGUUUCUGAAGAUCAACGGUUUCCCAAACGAGUACUGGGGCUGGGGAGGGGAGGACGAUGACAUCUACAACAGGAUCACUCUGAAUGGGAUGAAGGUGUCCAGGCCAGACGUUCGCAUCGGCCGCUACAGAAUGAUUAAACACGAGAGAGACAAACACAACGAGCCCAACCCACAGAGAUUUAAUAAAAUACAGAACACCAAGAACACGAUGAAGAGGGACGGCAUCAGCUCUCUGACCUACAGAGUGGUUCAGGUCAAGAGGUACCCCCUGUAUACAAAUAUCUCUGUGGAGAUUGGCAAACCACCGCCCCGGCCUUUUAAGGGCUAGAGAGGAAGAUGAGGGGGUUGACGCACAUUGACUGGAGGGAAAAACACAAGAAGACGGGAGCUUUUAAGAAGGAAAAUAAAGAGAACAUUUCCAAGAAAAAGUCACAAGCACAUCAUGGUCUUUUUCUCCUUCUUUACCUCUCUCUCUGUUUUUUAAUUUUUUUAUUUCAGCUUGCCAUUCUGUUACCAGAACUCUGGGUUUUUCCCCCUUCAGCUUUUUCAAGCAGCCAAUGGCUUAACAUCUCCUACCUUUUACCAUUCAGUGACUUCAGAAUUAAAGCGUGUGGACCAAAGCAGGAUUAUCAGUUGCUGACCAAAGGUUGGCAUCAAACAUGGAAGCUGAAACUUGGAGUCUCUCCAUUAAUAAUCUUUUGUAAACUGGAGAGGGCAUCUAAUGGCAUAUCGACGGAGGAUAUUAACAGGAACUUUUGUUGGGAGGUUAGAGAUGAAACAAUGACAUCAUUUGAGACUUUGGAAAGCUGUCCUGGCCUUGACUGAAAUGCUGGACAGCAUCGAGUGGGAUUUCUUGGACUAUUUGAACAAGUUCAUAUAACAUAACAUUAACAAGUCUGAUGACAUGCAAUGAUGGUCUAUGGAAUUGUAUCUGAUGGACUGCAUAUCAAAGAAAUCGGCCAACUCUUGCUUAUUUUGAGAAAUGUUGCUAAGAGACAAUUUAAUAUUGACAUUUUUGUCAGGGAGUCAUUUGUUUGGAUCUAAUUACUCAAUCAAAUACUCCGGUAUAAAUUAAUGAAUGUGUAUUGUGCCUGCAUCUACCGCAGAAGAUUCAAAAACAGUGCUGGGACACGCUGAUAAAACAUGUUCGUCAACAGCAACAAACUCCUGAGAACUCUGUUUUUGUUCUCUUUUUAUAAAUAUAAACUAAAACGUUGGAAACAGAAACUGUCGUUGUGGAGUUACGGAGAAGUUUUACCAACAAAAGUAAACAUAUUGGAGAUAUGAAAGGAUUUCUCCUGUGCUGAAUGCAGUGUGAUGGAACUAUCUUGGGAAUGCAUUUGAAAUCAAAUCAAGGAACUGAAGACAACAAUGCAGAUAUAUACUGACAGCUCAGUCAUGAUUGUAACCCCAUGUGGCACAUAUUGGAGAUUAGGUUUCUGGAAACCUUGUUUUUUUUCACUCCACUUGAAGAAAGAUAGAGAUUUAUUUUGGUGAUCUCAGCUUUGAAGGUGCAUUUUUGUCUCUAUAAGAUGCAAAUGGCUUGAGGUACACUAAUAUUCCUUAAGGGACAAACGUGAUGAAGUACAAAUAUGCAUUUUAGAUUAGAAAAUUGGACAUUUACCAUAUUUUCUGAACAUAUAUGGGGUUAAAAAUCAGAAAUGAGCUGUCAGGAUCGAGUCAUGAUUUACAGGAAAAAGCCUUGUGGAUACAAAAGCUCACUCUUGUAACUUUACACUGGCUCCACAGACAAGGCUAGGUGAAAAGUAAUGAAUUUUAGAGGUCAUUCUUUAGCCUACAGCAUAACCUGGGAGUGAGAAGUUUUUUAAAUCACAAUUCAUUAAACCUCUGUUGAAACUGUUA